CAGCAGGGAGCCUGUGGUUUUUCGAGAUAGCCGAGAAAGGACCAGUAUAUCGACGCCUGCCCAGGAUCGCAUUUGCAUCCAGAAGUACCUUCAUUUUCUUUCGCAAGGGCUCAAUCGAAGGCCAUCACCGAUUUCUCCCGGUUUUUGACCGGGUCUCGCUUGUGUCAGCGCAUAGGAGGGCACCGGAGCACCACGUAGGACCCACCUGAUGUCAGAGGGGCCGAAGAAACAGGGUGAAGCGGCGAACGGGGGACCUCAGGCUGAGGUGGAUCCUGCUGAGGGCAAUGUCGAGAUGAGGGAUGCCAACUCUGCUCAGGAUGGAGCUCAGGAGCAGGUCAGCGAUGCUGGUGUGAGCACUCAGGUCACAUGUCUCACAGGAUUGGUUCACUCAUUUUUUGAUGUGUGUGCGCGUCUGUGGUGCAGACCAUCGCGCCUUCGAGCCUGCCGCCCCCUUCGCCCGAGCAGAGUGACGACCAGCCGAUGGCCGAUGUGCCGUGCGAGAAGCCCGCUAGUGCUGCACAGGCCACGGCGUAUUUCAAUCGCAAGAAGAGGGCGCGGCCAGAGGACCUCGAAAAGGAAAUGGUCAGUCCAGCUAGAUGCCGGCUGUGUGCAGAAAGGUGUGCAGAAAGAUGGGCACGUCUGUGUGUGUGUCUGUGUGUGUGUGUGCAGAAUGUGCGUCCGAUCAUCAGCCCGAUCAACAUAGCCGAUAAGGAGGUCACUCAAGGUGAACAGCAGCAAGGCAUCACUCACACCAACUGUCGUCAUUCCACGCGUGUGUGUGUGUGUGUGUGGUCUGCCUGUGUCGUGUCGUGUGCACUGCAGGCAUCAUCACCUUCGAGUGCCGCACCAACGACGGCGACACGGAGAGCCUCAUCAAACUCGCAAACAUGCGGGUAGGCAUUCCAUUGAUGGACAUCAGACGGCUGGACGACACACGUGAGCAAUGGCUGCGUGUGUGUGUGUGUGUGUCCAUGUCAGGCUGUGUUUUGCCGUGCGUUGCCCAAGAUGGGCGCCACGUACGUCGCGCGUCUGGUGUUCGACCGGCGGCACCACACGCUGAUGCUCAUCAAAAACAAGGAGGUCAUCGGGGGGAUCUGCUUCAGACCUUUCUUCGAACAGGCAAGUAGUGGCAUGGAGGGUGGGUGGCUGCUGCUGGUGACUUGAACACAUGUGUGUCUGCGCCUCUCUCUCUCUCUCUGUGUGUGUGUGUGUGUCAGGGAUUUGCUGAGAUUGCGUUUCUCGCUGUAAAGUACGAGGAGACCAGAAAGGUGUGAAUGUACGGGCGCACUCAGUGUCCGCAAAGGCACACGUAUGAAUCUGGGUGUUGUGUGUGUCGUGUGUCGUGUGUGCGUGUGUAGGGUUACGCCACGGCCUUGAUGAACCACCUGAAGGAGCACCUCAAGACCAUGGGCACCGGCAUUCACACCAUCAUCACAUGCGCCGACAACGAGGCCAUCGGAUAUUUCAAACGAAUGGUAGGCAUGCAUCAUCAUCAGCACGAAUCGCCAUCCACACAAGGCAGUGCACUGAUGGACAGGGGCACCCACAUCUUGAUCCAUCUUGAUCUCGCUCUGGUCACGUGUGCAGGGGUUCGUUCCAGCUGACAAGGCUGUCAAGGAGAAGUACAAGGGGUUCAUCAAGGAGUAUGACAAGGGUGCGCAGACAUAUCCACACGCCAGCAGCAGCAGACGCAUCCACGCCACGCCCUGGCUGCUCUUGUCUGGUCUGUGGGUCGAUUGCAGUGACUGAGAUGGAGUGCAUCAUUCUGCCCAAUGUUGACUAUCGCAACCUUCCAGCGUUGAUGGUCAAACAGCAGAAGGUGCGCCUUCACGCCAUGGUUGCAAUCCCACACACACACAGAUCGAUGUCCCGACCUCUGUGUUGCAGGCGUUGGAUGAGUUGUUGAUGGCCAACCGGCCUGUGUAUACCCUUGGGGACCUGGACAAGACGGAGGGCAACAACAAGAAGCCCCGGCUUAUCCCGGGGCUUGGUCAGCCAGACAGCCUCUCUCGCACACACACCCCCACAGCAAACGUCUUUGUCUGCCUGUUGUGUUGUGUUGUGUUGUGUGCAGCUGAGAUAUUGGCCAAGUACCCGGACAUCCAGCCCAACGGCAAGCUGCCGCCCCCGCCCAUCCUGCCCUUCCCCUCGUCCCUUCCGCGCAAACCGGCCGUGCCAACCCCACAGCCACCUGCAUCCAUCGGUUAGCACCGCACACCCAUGAGUGUAUCUGCAUCCUUGUGUCUGCCUGUACCACCCAUCAGAGAAGCCGCGCGUGGCUCAGUCUGGGCGCGGUCAGUCGAAGCGUCAGCCGCACCCCAGGAAGGGCAAGGAGAGCGGCUUCCAGAAGCAGUGCCUGGCCGUGCUGGACAAGCUGAUUAAGCACGAGAAGUCCUGGCCCUACGUCAAGCCCGUCAAGGCCGCGGACGCACCGGGGUACUAUGACAUAAUCAAAGAGCCGACGGGUAAGUGCCGAACCACCAACUUCUGGUAUACAAUGGAUGGAUCCUCCCUCCCUCCCUCUCUCCCUCCCCACCUCACUGCCUGGCUGUCCUUCAAUGUGUGCAGACGUCGGCACCAUGCAGAAGAAAGCCAAGGCCAACAGUAAGCGAACAGCCAGCCCACCACCUCACAAUAACUAGCAGACCGCAUUUGUGUGCCCUCUGUCCUUCUGCCCAUCCAUCGUGCAGAGUUUGAGAGCAAGGAGGCAUUUGUCGAGGAGCUCAACCGCAUUUGGGACAACGCACGGUGAGUGAGUGAGAGAGAAAGAACAACCGAUUCUCUGUCGCUAAUGGCUGGAUGAUCGUCCCUGCCUUUGUGCCUUUUGGUGGCUUUGCGCAGUCUCUACAACGACAAGAGCACCGUCUACUACCAAUUCGCAGACGACCUGCAGACGUAAGCUAAGCGACAGACUGCCUGACAUGCAGCCAGACGGUACGUUUCCUGUGUGUGUGUGUGUGGGUCAGAUACAUAGCGCCUGAAUUGGCGGCGUUGAAGGAGAGGGGCGCUGACGAGUGACUGAAUGACUUAAGAUGAGCUGUUUUUUCGGUUGACUAACCGAGUGAGUGCUCGAAGUGUGUUGAUACAUUCAUCUGCGGCGAGUGAGAUUGCUGCUGGGAGGGAGGUCGCAGUGCAUUUUGUGUUGUGGGUAACUUAAGAGAAACAGGCAAUGGAUGGGUGCCUGUAUGAGUGUCAAGCCCGUUGCAGUGCUCGAACUGCUGCCGGACAUCUCCACAUUGGGUCCACAACCGAGGC